AUGGUGGGCUCCAUGGGCCUGGAGCAAGAUGUCCUACAAGCCAUUGACCGGGCCAUUGAGGCUGUGCACAAUGCAGCCAUGCGGGAUGGUGGCAAGUACAGCCUGGAGCAGCGUGGAGUCCUUCAGAAGCUGAUCCACCACCGGAAAGAGACUCUGUCCCGCAGAGGCCCCUCAGCCUCCAGCCCUGCAGCUAUGACCCCAUCCACCAGUGACCACCAUCUGGACGCUGCUGCUGCCAGGCAGCCCAAUGGGACGUGUCGAGCUGGGUUUGAGCGGCAGCACAGCCUCCCUAGUUCCGAGUAUCUCGGGGCGGACGGAGGCCUCUACCAGAUCCCACCACAGCCUCGCCGAGCAGCACCCGCCAUGCCACCUCCACCUGUGAAGCGCCGAGACCGUGAGGCCCUGGUGGCCUCAGGCAGUGGCGGCCGCAACACCACGCCCUCCGGGGGCAGUUCUGUGUCCAGCGGCUCCUCAGUCAGCAGCACCUCCCUUGACACGCUCUGUACCGGCUCUAGCUCGUCUGAGCUGGGCCCCAGCUGCUCACCCACGCCCCCACCUGUGCCCCGCCGAGGCACUCACACCACUGUGUCCCAAGCUCAGCCCCCUCCCUCCAAGGUGCCAGCCCCUGAGCCCCCUACAGAGGAGGUGGCAGUUGAUACAACCUCAGCCCCUGAUGAGCUGGAGGCCCUGGGUGCGCUGAACCUGGGGACUACAGAGGAGAAGGUGGUGGCCGAGACUGCUGUGCCCAAGACCAUCGGGGCAGAGCUGAUGGAGCUCGUGCGGAGAAACACCGGCCUGAGCCACGAGCUAUGCCGUGUGGCUAUUGGCGUCGUGGUGGGUCACAUCCAGGCCUCUGUGCCGGCCAGCUCGCCUAUCAUGGAGCAGGUCCUCCUCUCGCUGGUAGAGGGCAAGGACCUGAGCACUGCCCUGCCCUCAGGGCAAGUCUGCCAUGACCAGCAGCGGCUGGAGGUGAUCUUUGCAGACCUGGCUCGGCGCAAGGACGAUGCCCAGCAGCGCAGCUGGGCCCUGUACGAGGAUGAAGGGGUCAUCCGCUGCUACCUGGAGGAGCUGCUACAUAUUCUGACGGAUGCAGACCCCGAAGUUUGCAAGAAAAUGUGCAAGAGAAAUGAGUUCGAGUCUGUCCUGGCCUUGGUGGCCUACUACCAAAUGGAGCACCGGGUGUCCCUGCGGCUGCUGCUCCUCAAGUGCUUUGGCGCCAUGUGCAGCCUGGAUGCAGCCAUCAUCUCCACACUCGUGUCGUCUGUGCUGCCUGUGGAGCUGGCACGGGACAUGCAGACAGACACGCAGGAUCACCAGAAACUCUGUUACUCCGCCCUCAUCCUGGCCAUGGUCUUCUCCAUGGGGGAGGCAGUGCCAUAUGCGCACUAUGAGCACCUGGGCACACCCUUUGCCCAGUUCCUGCUGAGCAUCGUCGAGGAUGGGCUGCCCCUGGACACCACAGAACAGCUGCCCGAUCUCUGCAUGAACCUGCUUCUGGCUCUCAACUUGCACCUGCCAGCCCCUGACCAGAACGUCAUCAUGACCGCCCUGAGCAAACACUCCAACGUCAAGAUCUUCUCCGAGAAGCUUCUCUUGCUCCUGAACAGAGGAGAUGACCCCGUGCGCAUCUUCAAACAUGAGCCGCAGCCGCCACACUCCAUCCUCAAGUUCCUACAGGACGUGUUCGCCAGCCCCGCCACGGCUGCCAUCUUCUACCACACAGACAUGAUGGCACUCAUUGACAUCACCGUGCGCCACAUCGCGGACCUGUCGCCCGGAGACAAGCUUCGCGUAGAGUACCUCUCCCUGAUGCACGCCGUCAUCCGCACCACACCCUAUCUGCAGCACCGCCACCGGCUGCCCGACCUGCAGGCCACACUGCGCCGCAUCCUGACUGAAGAGGAAGCCUCGCCCCAGGGCCAGAUGGACCGCAUGAUUGUCCGAGAGAUGUGCAAGGAAUUCCCGGUGCUGGGCGAGGACCCCAGCUAG